AUCGUUCGUCUUCGUCGGUGCCUCUCAGAUUUUUUUCCCACACAGAGAAAAAAAAAAGGAGACGAGACGAUUGUUUUUCUCUUAUUCCUUAUUAUUAUUCUCCGUCUCUGAGAUCCCCUUUCAAUAUCCAGAGAAUAUCUCUCUCUCCCAUCUUCACAGGGUUAUCAAUUUUGUGGAAUCAAUCUCUCGAAAAUGGACGAGUUUGGUGUUCUAACGGAGCGUUACGGGAUAAAGCCCCAAGGCAAAUCUGCUCCCAUGGCUGCCUCCAAGCGUCCUCCCACCACCACCCCUCAGAGCUUGAACAAUCUCGGUGUUGCUAACCCCAAAUCGACGUCCUAUUCCUCCAAUAAGGUAUCUGUCAACGACGAUUUCGAUGUCUUUGGUGGUGGGUUGAACAAGCCUACUAACACCAAGUCUUCGUCUUUAAACGACGACGGUUUGAUGUUCUCCACCAACUUUGGGAUGAAGACAUCUUCUUCUUCUUCUUCAGCGCGGGGUUUUGAUGAUGUUGAUUUGUUUGGUGCUGUGCCUGUCUCUGUUGGUGUUGGAAAUGAUGAUAUAUUUGGGGCCUUCUCUUCGUCUACGAAGCAAGAUGCUGCUGGGGUUGAUGAUUUGCUGGGUGAUAUGGGUGGGUUUGGUCUUGAAUCCAGGACCUGGAACCAGAGUAGUUCUGGGAAGAAUGGUUUUGAUGAGUUGAUUCCUGGUUUUGGUGGGAGUUCUCAGACCACUAGCAGCAAGACUAGUGCAUCAUCGAUCUUUGCUGAUGCUGACCCUUUUGUGGUUCUAGAAUCAACUACCUCUGCAGCACAUUCUUCUUCGGGUCUGUUCGUGGAUCCACUUGAUGAGUUUGCUGCUUCUGUCAGUUCUCAGGGGAAAAAACCAUCAAAUACAAAGCUCAAGCCUCCCCCUAAACCAACGCAAAAAGUCGACAGAGUUAAGAGUUCUGGAUUGUCUUCAAUUGACGAGCUUGAAGACUUUGCCAUGGGUAGUAGUACUAUGCGGCGUAGUGCCUCCGCCUCUGACACUGCUAGUAAAUUCAGAGAAGCUGAAGAUGCUGGAACAAAGAAACAGCAGUUUGGUGCGGAUGAUCUUGACUCCGUUUUCAGCUCUGGGCAUCGGUCCAGCAGUGUACCAAAGUCACGGACGACAACUGAAGCAACUCGCAAGCAAGCAGUCAACGAGCCCAAAAAGACGCCUAAUGGGGUUUCUAGUGCAAAGAAGCCUCCUCCUCCAGCUAACCUGGUGGAUGACUUUUCUGCACUUUUUGGAGGGGAUCCUAUAUUUAGAGAAUUUGAGGAGAUCCCAGGGGAAAGUGAUGAACGUAGAAAGGCCAGAUGGGAUCGUGAACAGAGAACAAAGAGCCGUGUGGCACAAGCUGUAGCUGAUAUGAAUAACCGUGAUCAUCAAUCUCGGAUUGAACAAGAACAGAGAACUAGGAUUUCUGAGGGUGUUGAUGCUGAGAUAAGGCGUUGGGCGACUGGGAAAGAAGGAAACAUGCGUGCGCUGUUAUCUUCCUUGCAAAUCGUACUCUGGCCUGGAUGUGGUUGGGAAGCUGUUUCUCUGACAGAUUUGAUCACUUCUUCAGCAGUCAAGAAAGUCUAUAGGAAGGCAACGUUGUAUGUACAUCCCGAUAAAGUUCAGCAGAAAGGAGCCACCCUUGAACAAAAGUAUAUAGCCGAAAAGGUUUUUGACAUUUUGAAGGAAGCAUGGAAUAAGUUCAACAAAGAGGAACUCUCUUAAACCUCCCCAGUCUUUCGAUUCAGAGGUUUGAGAAGAGUAUGCUUCCAGUCUAGCAAUGCUUGAUUAAGAGGUAGAGGACACUUGAAGAGACUUAGUAGCUGUUUGUUCUUGUGUCUGUGUGCUCAUCUCUAUACAUAAUUAGUCUUUGAGUUUCCUGGAGUCUUUAUCAUUUUUUCUUCUCUCAUUUUUCCUUUUAACAGUAGCUACCUUUGCAUCUUUAUAUACAUACACCCAAAAAAAUAACACAUGGGGGAUAUUGUAUAGCCCCCCAGAAAAAGAAAAACAAUAGAGUUUGUUUUAUAUAAAUAUAUAUAUAUCGACUUAUAGCUUGUAGCGUA